AUGAAUUUACCAGACACACUAGAGACAAAUGCCUGCCAAAAUAUCAUAGUAGCACAAAUAGAGACUAUAAAGGGGCAGGCUGAAAACCCAGAUGAAAUGACUAAAAGACUAAGCAUAUUCUGUCCACAUGUAAAUUUAGAGAAAUAUGCAUGUGUAUAUUCUUAUAAUAAGUGUGCACAAGGAAUAGAGCCCUCUGUAUGUCCUUCUGGUGCUAAAAAUAGUAAAAAAUAUCCACUUUGUAUUGCCCUUAUAGAAGAGAAUAUUCUGUACAGUGAAGAGAAAAAAAGAGAGUCACUUGGAUUAAUUAUAGAAGCAGUUAAGAUGGAAGUGCAAGGGGAAGAUCUUCUUUAUCUUCACAGAUUAUUGGCAAAUGCACUUUCUUCUUCUUUUAAAUUUGAAUAUUCUGAAGAGUAUGAUAGGUGGCUUAUUCUUUCAGUUAUAAAGAUAGCAGAGAUUGAAAAAAAAGAAGAGUACUGUCUUGAGUACUUUCCUGGGGUGGUUGACCGGAUCAGUAAAGGAGGAAGUUCUUUCCGGGAUAGAGCUGUAAUUCUAAGCGAGUUCUUGACUGAUGGAAUACUUUCUUAUGACUCACCAGAGUCUGCAUACUUCUCGCACGAUAUUCCAUCCAAUCCGAUUGUACAGGAAGAAGAUGAAAGCCCAGAAGAAGACGUAGAUAUGCCGGGAUGCAUAACCACCCUAACAGAGUACUAUUUUACUGUGAAGGACAGUAAUUUUGAGAACGAACCUUCAGAGAAAAUAGAAGCCACCUUGCACCAACUACCGAGGGUUCUUCGAACUGAAAAAAUAUCCCUAAUUAAGAAGUACUUCUUGGAGCUAUUAAAGAUCCAUGUGGCAAUAGAAACAAAAAAAUCAAUUGAUGGAAUAUGCGCUAUUCUUCUUGUUGACGACCUGGCAUACGAAGUCAUGCACCUUCUUUAUGGGAAUAGUGGGUAUUCCCUUCACUUCAAGCGCACAAUCAUUGGGUGCCUUCGGAUGAUUUGUCCCCGUAUACGCACAGAUGUGGCUGUGCGAAUUGCACAGAGAUAUUGCAGCACAAGCUACUCAGAGGAAGAAACAAAAAUGGGAGCUGACGCUUUGUUUAAGCAAAUCCUUUCAGCCCACUCUAUUUAA